GCUUACGUGGGGGAAGACUUGUCAAGAUAAAUAUAAAAUAGAAUGGGUGUGUUGUCUUCUUCUUCUAUGCAGUCACAUAGAUUAAGGUUUGAAUUGAUGACGGUUAUGCUCGUGAGAGAAUUGUUGGUUACAAUAAGACAAAUUGUAAUUUAGUUAUUAUCAGCUUGUUAAAAGAUAAGACAAACGAGAGAAAAACGAAGAACAGACAGACCAAACAAAACGGUCCAACCGGUCCGGUUAACAAAACACUGAAAAAGGCGCCAACACGCUUGUUACGUAAACGGUAGCCACGUUUCGAGCACUGCGUUUGCUAAUUUGUCUUCACUGAAAUUCGCAGUGUUCUUUCUUCGCAUUUCGGUUUAUGUUUCGUUGAGCUACUGAUUUGCAUGCAAGGCUAGUGACACUAAGAAGCGGAGAAAAUGAGAAAUAUUUACUUUCUAGUCUUAUUUCUGUUGAGCAUCUUGAUCUCCAUACAUGCUUCUUUGCAUGUGAAGUAUCUUCCUGGUCUUGAAGGUCCUCUUCCUUUUGAGCUCGAGACAGGGUAUGUGAGUGUUGGUGAAUCUGGAGAUGUUGAGCUCUUCUACUACUUUGUGAAAUCAGAGAGAAAUCCAGAUAAAGAUCCUCUCAUGAUUUGGCUCACUGGUGGGCCUGGAUGCAGCUCCAUUUGUGCUUUACUCUUUGGAAAUGGUCCAUUGGCAUUUAAAGGGGAUGUGUAUAAUGGGACAGUGCCUCCUUUAGAGCUAACAUCUUAUUCUUGGACAAAGGUGGCUAACAUUUUAUAUUUGGAAUCUCCUGCUGGUUCUGGAUAUUCUUAUGCCAAAACUCGGCGUGCUGCUGAGACGAGCGACACCAAACAACUUCACCAAAUCGACCAGUUCCCUAGGAGUUGGUUUGUGGAUCACCCUGAGUUCAUAUCAAAUCCAUUUUAUGUUGGUGGAGAUUCAUACUACGGGAAGAUUGUUCCAGGAGUUGUGCAACAGAUUUUACUUGGAAAUGAGAAAGGUCUCACACCACUGAUAAAUAUUCAGGGAUAUGUUCUUGGAAACCCUACGGUAAGUGCAAACUUUGAAUCAAAUCAUAGAGUUUCAUUUGCGCAUCGGAUGGGACUGAUUUCAGAUGAGCUCCACGAGUCACUUGAAAGAAAUUGUGGAGGCAAAUUCUUUAACGUAGACCCAAGUAAUGCAAAAUGCUCAAAUGGUCUUCAAGCUUAUGAUCAGUGUAUCUCAGAGAUAUACAUAGAGCAGAUUUUGUUACCAAACUGCAAAGUAGAUUAUGUCUUACCAGACAUAUCACUACCUAACAUCAGAACCAGUAGAAGAAGAGAACUCAAGGAGUUUUCAGGAAAUGAUUCAUCAUCAUUGCCUCCUCCUAGAUGCUUCACUUAUAGUUAUUUUCUGUCUGCCUUUUGGGCAAACGAUGAAAAUGUACGAAGCGCUUUAGGCGUGAAGAAGGGGUUUGGAAAAUGGAGUAGAUGCAACACCCUAAACAUACCAUAUACAUAUGAUAUUCACGAUGCCAUUCCAUAUCACGUUAACAAUAGCCGUAAAGGCUUCCGCUCUCUCAUCUACAGUGGCGAUCAUGAUAUGAUGGUACCUUUCUCUUCAACUGAAGCAUGGAUCAAAUCUCUCAACUAUUCCAUUGUUGAUGACUGGAGACCUUGGAUGAUGACUAGCAAUCAAGUUGCUGGAUAUACAAGGAGCUAUGCAAAUAAGAUGACAUUUGCAACCAUCAAGGGAGGAGGACACACUGCUGAGUAUAAUCAAGACCAAUGUUCACUUAUGUUCAAAAGAUGGAUUGAUGCUGAAUCUCUCUGAAGAUUCUCACUCACUUCUCUCUCUCUCAAAAGUUUUAUGAGUUUUUAUUGUUUUUCGUUUAUGGUUAUUAAGUAAAAAUUUAAUAAUAAUAAUGACCUUUUAUUAUCAUCAACUAGAUCAUGACCCGCCCGACCGGGCGGGUGUUUAUUUUUGUUUCAAAUUUGUUUUGUUUAUAUUCAUGAUUUAUUUGUAUUAGGUAGUCUGUAUUACAUUUAAUAGUAAA